UAGUCAGGCGGCAGUCUUGGCUAAAAUUCAGUACGGCUAUCUUUAAAUAUUUUAUAAAAAUUAGCAUAUAAUGUAAUAUACUCGUAUUUGUUUUAUGUCGAACUUAACUCACUAAAUACUCGAUAUGAAGUGCGUUUGGGUUUGGAAAGUACAGUUUAUUUUUCUUUAAACAAUAAACAAGUUAUUCUGUUCUUAUGAUAAAAUAAAAUCGUAAUUUUUUGAAACUGAUUUUCUGAACAAAAAAUGUUCUUUUUACAAUUCAUUGUAUGCUUGAUGAAUGUUAACUUUGCACACCCGACAGAUGAUAUCAGCUCUAUUUAUUUAAAACCAAGUUUUUUUCGAGCUCCUAACAAUCUUCGGCCGACAUGUCACAGUAAAAUAUAUUGCGACAGUGAGCUUCUACAUGAUGUGCAAAUGUCAUCAUUAUAUCCAAAGUCAAGAACAUUUUUAUUGAAAAAACUCAAGUAUACUGAAUCAGAAAUCCUUAAAAAAUAUGAAAACCUAAAACAAAACAACCUCUAUCAAGUACCGUCUAACACGACAUUAAAGCAAUUUAUUAAUGAAAACUUCGAAGAUGGUAAUGAAUUAGAAGAAUGGACUCCCACGGACUUCACCAAGAACCCAUCUAUUAUCACUAAGAUCCGGGAUCAAAACUACAAGCAAUGGACACAUUCGUUAAAUCAGAUAUGGAAGACUUUGUCCAGGAAAAUCAAGGACGAUGUAAAAAUACAUCCGGAUAAGUAUUCUCUAAUUUGGGUACCAAAUGGUUUCGUUAUACCCGGUGGAAUUUUCGAGGAGCUUUAUUACUGGGACACAUAUUGGAUCGUCAAAGGGUUGUUAUUGUGUGACAUGAAAAAGACUGCUAGAGGUGUAAUCGACAACCUCGUAUCAAUGGUGCACAGGUAUGGGUUUAUGCCCAAUGGUUCUAGAGUUUAUUACCUGAAUAGGACUCAACCGCCAAUGCUGAUUUUGAUGGUGCUCUCAUACUAUCGAGCAACAAAUGAUUUCGAAUACGUGAAAUCCAUCUUACCCGAACUAGAAAACGAGUUCAAAUUUUGGUUAGACAACCGUAUGAUUACAUUUUUCAAAGAUAGAAAACCUUACAGAAUGGCUAGAUAUUAUGCUCCAUCUAAGGGUCCACGUCCAGAGACUUACAGAAAUGAUUACAUUGAAGCACAGACGUUUCGAACGGAGGAAGAAAAGAAUAAAUUUUACAUAAACGUAAAAUCUGCAGCAGAGUCGGGUUGGGAUUUUUCGAGUAGAUGGUACAUAACACCAAAUGGAACUUCCUUCGGCCAUUUGUCUGACAUAGCAACUUCAAACAUUAUACCGGUCGAUUUGAAUAGUAUUUUACAAACAAACGCCGUUACAUUAAGUUCGUGGUUUUAUCAGACUGGCGAUUACAGUAAAGCAGACAAAUACAGAGCAAUAGCUUAUGUGUUUCUCAAGAGCAUACAAGAUGUAAUGUGGAGAGCAGACAAAGGUACAUGGUUUGAUUGGGACACGAUUAACAACAAAAGCCGAGAGUAUUUUUAUGCAUCAAAUUUCGUGCCUUUGUGGACCGGAAGCUUUAGAAUGCCAAGAAAAACCGUCUCCAGGGCAGUGUUGAAGUAUUUAAAGGACCAUAAAAUCAUCGAAUCUGACUACAGUGUCAAAUUUUACGGUAUACCAACAUCAAUGUAUUUGUCGAAAAAACGCUGGGACUACCCGAACGCGUGGCCUCCGUUGCAAGCUUUUCUUAUUCAAGGACUAGAUCGGACACAGCGAAAAUUGGCUCAAAAAGUGGCCACCAGUAUGGCAAAAAUUUGGUUGCACAGUAAUUACAAAGGAUUUGCUGAAAAGUCAAUGAUGUUUAAAAAAUACGAUGUGUUGGUCGAAGGAGAAAAUGGCGACGACGGUGAAAUUAGUCCUCAGAUAGGAUUUGGUUGGACAAAUGGUGUAGUUUUAGAAUUUUUGAACCGAUGGGGCGAUGUAGCUUCUUAUAAUUAAAACGUUUAUAGUAAAAUGGUGUAUAAU